AUGAAGUCAAGCGUGUAUAUAAAUACCAUUGAAGAUUGUCCAGUCGAAAUUUGGAGAGAAAUAUUUGAUUAUUUAUUAUCCACUGAAAUUAUACAAUCAUUUUCACAACUGAAUUUUCGUAUAAAUUCAGUAAUUGAACAAGUUCAAAUGCAUAUUGAUUUAUCAUCCUUGAAAAUAACAACAACAAUGUUUAAAUAUUUUUCACAAAACGUAGUUCGACCACAUUGUAAUCAAUUUAUCUCUAUACAGCUAUCAAAUGAAAACAAAGUAGAUGCAAUUCGCCUAUUUCAAUCAGUCUGUCAAUUGAAACACUUUAUUAAUCUUCGUAAAUUAAUUUUAAUUCGUCCAACGAAAAAUGAUUUAAUUCAUCUUGUACACAAUUUUCCAUCACAACUGUCAACAUUAAAAAUUAGUAGUGGUAUUCAUCGUAGUUAUACAUAUGAAGAAACAAUUGCAAAUAAAAAUGAUGACGUAAUUCGUACAAUACUCAAAUUAAAAUCAUUGAGAACUAUACAAAUACCAAUGAUUAAUGUUGAAGAUUUUAUGUAUUUACCAUCAUCGUUUAUCGAACAUUUGACACUUGAUCGAUGUGAUAAAAAUAUAUUUCAUUUUUUACCAGUAACGUUAAAAUAUUUAAAAAUUAAUCUUCUUUAUAAUUCAUUAACUCAACUUGAUUUAACAGCAUCAUUAAAUCUUCCAAAUCUUACACAUUUGAUAUUACAAACAGAAUUAGAUGUGCAAGAAGAUAUUGAAAAUUUAAUAAAAGUAAUUGGAAAAAAUCUUUUAUGUUUAUCAUUAGACGUUUUAGUUUACGGUGAUAAUGUAACAGAAUUAUUUUCUGGUGAUUAUUGGGCAAAUUUAUUAGCACAAGUACCGUUAUCAUGUACCAUCAAUCUACUUGUUCGUGGUGGUUAUAAUAUUGAUUGUUCACUCUUCGAUUCUAUAUCAAAAACAUUUCAGACACAAUUUUGGUAUCGACAUAAUUUACCUGUUCGAAUUCAUUUUACAUCUCGCUCAGAUUCACUAUGUUUCUAUACAUUACCCUAUCCGAAAACAUUUUAUGAUACACACUGGAAUAAUUAUUCAACACUAACAACAACAACAAUGUAUGAUAAAGAAAGGACAAUGUAUGAUGUUCGAAAACCACCACAAAUAUUAGAUAAUGAUUAUGAUCAAGUAACAAUAUUUGAUGCUUAUUUUGCAAAUGUUUUUGAAGAUUAUGAAUAUGGUUAUUAUCGUAAUAUUCAAGAAUUAAAUUUUAAUCUUUAUGAACGUGCUGAAGCAACUCAUAUACUAUCAUUACUUGAUCGAACAAUUGCUUUUUCGUUAACUAAUUUAACAACAUUAAUAUUAAAUAAUAAUAGUCGUUUAGAUCGAAAUUAUUUAACAAAUGAAUUAUUUGCCGAAUUAUUGAGACGUAUGCCAAAUUUAACAUCAUUAUCGUUAAGUUAUAAUAAUAUAGAAAAAUUAUUUUAUUCUCUCGAUCAGCCAAAUAAUAAAAUUCAAUAUUUAAAAUUUGAUGAUUUAAUAACACAAAAAACUUUUUCUAAAAUUCAACAAUUAUUACCUAAUUUAAAAAUGUUAGGAUGUGUUAUAAUAAAUGAUACAAUUUUAAAGAAAAUGUUACCAUUAUUAUUAUUUAAUACAAAAUUAGUCUGUUUUUUGCUUAAUAUUCGAAUAUUGUAUGAUAAACGAGCACUUCGAUUAUGGAUCAAAGAUAAGAUGAAAAAUUUACAAAAUUUUAAUAUUGAUGGACAAAAUUUUCAUGGUUGGAUUUGA